AUGUCAGCCGUACCUGAGGAAACAUUAUCUAGUAAUUUAACCAAUAAUAAUGUCAAUCUCCUCAGCGAGAUCACUACAUACUUCGUCGAUCGUGGUUUUCAACCAAGUCUUGUUAGCUCCUUUUUGGCAGGAAAUUAUCGUCUUGAAUUCAUGACUAAUGAGGAAAUAAUGUUAGAUUUUCUUGAUGAACGCGAGCAAAUGGACCCAACCAUUUUUGUUGGUGUUGAGGGAAGUGAAGGAGUGGAGCCGGGUGAAGAUAAGAAAUUGCUUGUAAAGUGGGGUCUCACGGAGGAGGCUUCUAACAGACUACGCAGCAGCAUACAUGAUUCUGCUUGGUCUCAACGGUUUUUGAAACAUUGGCUUCUUGAUUGGGUUUACAAUCGAUGGGAUAUUACAAACCAGAUAAGUUUCGAGGGAUCUUUUGACGACUUACAAUUUCCACGCAAUCAAUGGCACAGUUAUGAUAGAGAAGGAGGUCCGCAUAUGUUUGCCUCAUCUUUCGAACAAAUCGUCUCUAUCGGAGAGGAUGCUUUAAUAAGGUGCAAUGCAAAAGUUGCCAAUAUAAUGGAUAAUAAUCACAAGGCCUUCUUCCACUCGACAAAAUAUGAGAAUGCUCAAUGCAUAAGUGAGACUGGAAUUGAUCUUACGUGUUUCAGAAAUCAUCUCGAUUUUGGAAAAAAUCAAAGCUUUUACCUGCACCCAUCGGUUGACAACGCAAUAGAUUUCAUUAAGAACCGUUGGAGUGUGGGAUUUUAUGGAAUUGUUGUAUAUUGGGUUAACAUGGAUAGAUUAAGAAGCAUGAAGUAUCGAGAUUUAACUCAAGAUGAGAAUUUAUGGAGAGAGGUGGUAGUUGCAUCGAGGUGUGGACAGCGUUCAGUGGUGGAUAAUAACGACUUUGUUUAUGGAUACCAGUUAUCAAAUCCAAGACAAAUUUGCGAUGCGUACUAUAACAGAAAUAAUAGAAGUAACAGAAAAAAAGACUCAUGGAAAAGUCUUAUCCCCAUGGCCAAAUGGUUUGAGCCUAUUCGCAAUCUUCAGCUUGCAGUAAAAAAUGAUGAUGCAGUAGAGGUUAUGAACGAAUACCAAGUAGGGGUCAUUUGUUUUCACUUAAAAAAAUAA